AUGACGACCUACAUCCCCCAAAUCACGAUACCCCAUGCGGUCUUCGCAAAUCCAGCAGCAUCCGUGCUACUACCCAUUGCCCUAGGCACAGGAGUUGGAUUCAGCACACGACCCAAAGACACCCAAAAUAGCUACAUGCUGAUGAAGCAACCGCCACUCCGCCCACCACCCUACGUUUUCGGCCCCGUGUGGACACUCCUCUAUGGUCUCAUGGGCUAUGCAGCCCACCGCGCCAUCACCGCAGGCAUGAACCCCUUGACCUCGUCCGUGGGGGGCGUACGGGACGCCAAGCACGCCGCGACGCUGUACUCGGUUCAGUUAGGGCUAAAUCUGAUCUGGAUGCCAUUGUUCUUCGGCGUGCGCAAGCCUGUACUCGCGCUGGCAGAUAUCGCGGCCCUCGUUGGCGUCAAUGGCUACCUGACUUACCUGUUCUUCCAGCUCGACAACGUGGCAGGUUGGUGUAUGGCGCCCUACAUGGGCUGGUUGGGCUUCGCGACGUACCUUAACGCGGCCUUAGGCCACUUGAAUGACUGGAAAAUCUCUGAUGAGGAUCUGCGUAAGAAGAAGAAUUAA